CUGGUUCCCGUGAGGUCUGGCAAUGGUUGUCUCAGCGGGAGUCGUACAAUGUACCUGCCCUCGGGAGAGCGUAUGUGAAUGCGAUGGAAUAUGUCUUCGCACUCUUCUUCGUCGUGGUCUGUGGCAGCUCCUCUUGCUCCCAGAAUCGUCGUACCAGUGCAGUGAGGUCAUCUUCGGCAUGGCAGUGAUUCACACUGACGGUUCCUUGGGGCCGCCCUUCCUCAACCCCUGUUGGAUGAUUGCAGCGUGGAUCUCGGCUCCGAGCAACAGCUCAAUGGGAUCGUCUGCUGAAAACUCAGGAUCAGCAAGCGACAGGCCUGAGAGGUGGGCCCAGGAGCUAGUGCUCACCCGCCUGCCACCGCAGUACUCCGUCAGCCGAGGCACCCCUUCAAGUAGUGUAGCUUCUCCACCUCACUGAGGGAGGCGUCUCGGCUAAUGAUUGAUGUGAAGAGGUCUCGAAAGGAUGGCCAUUCCUCGUACUUGCCAUUGAAGGUUGGCAAUUGGAUGCGUGGUACAGUCGUCUUGUUUGCUGCAGAGUCACUCGGCAGUUUCUUAGUCUCCCCGAGCGGUGGUAGGCUUGCUUCCCAAGCGAGCAGUAAGGCUCGUUGAUGCACGUACGUGUUUUCGACCUCUGAAGAGACGUCGCUCGUCAAGUACUCGUGGUCCGCCAGUGCGGCGGCGUGAUUUGAAAGCAGCGCGUCGUGUCCGCUCUCGAAUCUCAUCCACUUGUCUUCGAGUAGCUUGAGCGCGGUCGUGAUAUGAGCUCGAGUGAUGUUCGCCUGUCCUGUCUUCUUUAAAUUGUCACAGGUACGCCCUAUGCGACCAUGAAGGUCGAGUUGUUUCAUUACACCCUGUUCCAUCUUGUAGGCACUGCGCUCACCAGAACACGAUCGGUUGCGAGGCUGUCACCCCAGCGCGGGCUUGAAGGACGGAAUCCGGCUCGAAGGACCAAAAAUGAUGGAGUCGGGUAGAGCGAGCACGUGGAGCAGGAUUAAACCGAUUAAUUAAACGAGACAGAAUGUAACAUAAGCUUCACUUUAAUAACUUGAAACGCACAACGAAAAUUAACAAAAAACUUAGAACGGUGACUGAAUCCGCGCACGCACGUGUGACUUCUCU